AUGAUUUCUCCUAUUCUUCGUAAAACCUUCUCUACUAUACGCCAGAGAAUGGCUGUACCUGCACAGGAAAUCCUGUCUCAAUCCUCUCCACGUGAAAUGGCCAUUCCAUUUGACACCAAACCUUUUCCAUUGGGACGAUUCGAGCCAUGUUGUCCAGCACCCUCAUCACCUGCAUCACAAAACGGAUUUGUACCUUGUUCAAAACAUUCUAUGCCAGCUGUACUAGGUCGUAAGAUUGAUCUCACGGAUCCCAUGCCUACAAGAGGUUCAGAUCGCCAUGUAGUUGUGUGCAUUGGCCCUAAUGGUGCUGAGUGGGACAAAGCCAAGGUGGAGGCUCUCAAAGGAGGAAUGGUGUGGAGGUUAAACGAAAAAGAGAGUGCAUGGAUGAAAGAAGGGAAUCGCCCUUUGCCUGAUAAAGAAAUAUUGACUACUGUGUGCGAUCGACCUGAAAUGCAUGCCAAUGGUGUCGAUGUUAUAUUUUUUCCAGACUUUAAGAUCUAUUCUUCUAUUCAGCCUGACAGCCUAUCGUCGUCUUCAGAGUCAUCAUUCCUAUCAACCAUGAAGUCGGUAUGGCAGAAUCCGUCUAAUCGAGUAUCUGGCGGUGAAGAAGUGACAGCAGAUACUGUUAUAUUGGUGUGUACUCAUACAAUGCGCGACAAACGGUGCGGCGUGCUGGGACCUUUGAUUGUGGAUGAAUUUAAGCGAGUACUAAAAGAAAAGAAUCUUCUAAAAACACCCAAUGGAAAGGGUGGUGUUGAAGUGUGGGGUCACAAGUUUGCAGGUAACAUCAUCAUCCAUCAAAAGGGUCUUGGAGGUCACAUGUAUGGAAAUGUACGGCAAUGUCAUGUUGAAGAUGUAGUGGAUCGACACAUUAUCAAUCGAAAGGUCAUUCGAGAGCUUUGGCGUGGACAGGUCACCCCGCCAUAG